AUGGAUGGCAGACUCUUGAGCGAGGGAGAGAUGACCGACCACCUUGCUGCCCUCCUGGAAAAGAACCCCUUGAUGCCACACCAGGCAGAUCAGUUGGGGUGCUGCAGGGAGUGUUUGCUCUGGAUCCGGUUUUUAUUCGAUGACGCUGAGCAUCACGCCCGUUCGAUUGCCAUGACGGUGGCUGCUCUUACUAUGUAUUGUGCUUUCUUCCAAGAAGGUUGCCCUUUGGAGGAUUUCGAUUUUUUGAACUACCAGGACUACAAGACGUGGUGGAACCCUGAACCAAAGAUUGUCAAGAUCUGGAAGAUCACUACUCCGAACGGCCGUUCUGUGGAUGAGGGCAUGCAGAACCAGAUGGACCGAAAGUAUGGAGAGAUCCAAUCUGCAAUCUCAUGGCUUGAAGGCUUUCAGGGUGGAUGUGCCGGUCGCCUACCGUUGGCUUUUGAUGGUGCUCACGCUGCCUUGGUGGACGCCCUGGCCUACCUGGAUUGCUACAAGAGGGCUACGUUUGUGGGUGGAAAGCCGGACCCUUCCUUAGCUUUGCUGGACAUGGACAUCGCCGAAGACACCGCCCGUUCUAUGCCAAUGUCAAUGGAGCCGGCUGAAGCCGCCCGUUCAUCCAUGGAUGAUGAAGCCGCCCGUCCGGAUGACGAAGGGGCACGAAACUAUGCCUUCGGACAAGGUCCUUCGGUGGCGAUGACGAUCGAAGUCAAUGAGAUUUGGGAAAGCUGGAAGACGGUCGUGGCAACACUGGACAGGUGA